UCAAUAUUCACAUUACCAUUGAUGGAGUACCGGUAAUGCAUUGCUCCGAAUUCCUAAACCUGCAGCAAUGAAAGCGUUAGAAUCAGUUGCUCGUAAUCUCAGAUUCAUCAACUCGUUACUCACCAUCCGAGUCACUACAACUCGCUCACUCCACCAGGUUUCUCACUUCUCUCUCUACACCCCACCACCCCUUUUUAUCCCCUCCCCGUUUCACGAUUCACGUUUUCAUCAAACACACUAUGUUUCAUCAAAACCCAACUCCAUUGUUGAGCUUAUUCAAACAAACGCUUGGUCUCAAGGGUUUGAAAAAGAGUUAGAAAAUUGUUACCCUUCUUUGACCCAUGAAACCGUUGUUUACAUUUUGAAACAAUUGGAUAAUGACCCAUUAAAAGCUUCUUGCUUUUUCAAUUGGGUCAGUAAGAAAAAUUGGUUUUUGCCAAGUUCUUCAUUGUGUAAUUUGAUUCUUAGGAUUUUAGCUAAUAAGGAUACAAUUGAACAAUUUUGGAUUCAUUUAAGGAUGAUGAGGAAAAAAGGGUUUUAUCUUGAUCGAAUUACGUAUAGGUCGAUUUUGGAGGGUUUUAGACGAGAGAAAAUGAACAGGGAUUUCGCUUGUCUUAAAACUUUUUUUAAGAAUAUGGUUGAGGAAAAUGCAAGGCAGGUUGUUUUCAACAAGGUGGUUAGUGUGAUUUUAGGAUCUGAGUGGGGUGAUGAGGUUGUGAAUGAGCUUGUAGAGCUUAAGAUUCAAUUUUCGGAUAGUUUUGUGAUACGGGUUUUGAAAGAGCUUCGAAGUUGUCCUUUAAAGGGUUACAACUUUUUUUAUUGGGUUGGGAAGCAAUCUGGUUAUCAACAUAAUGCUGUGACUUACAAUGCAGUUGCUAGAGUUCUUGCUAGGAUGGAUUCAAUUGAGGAGUUUUGGAGUAUUCUUGCGGAGAUGAAGAGUGUGAAUUAUGAAUUGGAGAUUGAUACUUAUAUGAAGAUAACAAUGCAGUUUGUAAAGAAUCAGAUGAUGAAGGAUGCUGUUAAGCUUUACGAGCUUAUGAUGGAUGGUUCAUAUGAGCCAUCGGUUCACGAUUGCUGUUUCCUUUUAAACGCUAUCGCUACAAGUGAUUCACCGAAUUCGGAUCUUGUUUUCCGGGUAGCCAAGAAAUAUGAAUCCGCAGGGUAUACUCUCACCAAGGAAAUCUAUGAUGGAAUACACAGGUGUUUGACAAGUGUGGGGAAAUUUGACAAAGCUGAAAAUAUUGUUAAGACUAUGAGAAAUGGUGGCCAUGAACCUGAUAAUACUACAUACAGUCAACUGGUUUUUGGACUUUGUAAGAUGAAGAGGGUUGAAGAAGCAUGUAAGGUGCUGGAGGAGAUGGAAUCUAGUGGCUGCAUUCCUGAUAACAAAACUUGGUCCAUCUUUAUCCAAGGGCAUUGUGCUGCCAAUGCAUUAGAUAAGGCAUUACUUUGUUUAAGUAAGAUGAUUGAAAAAGACUGCAAUCCAGAUGCUGCUGCGAUAGACGCUUUGGUUGAUAGCUUUCUUAGUCAAGAGAAAAUAGACAACGCAUACAAGUUUCUUGUAGAGAUGGUUGAGAUAUGCGCUUCUCCUAGGCAAUGUACAUACGAGAAAUUGAUCCAAAACCUGUUAGGAAUCGGAAAAUUUGAAGAUGCACUUGACCUUCUUUGUUUGAUGAGGAAACACAAGUACUCUCCAUUCAACAAACCAAUUGUGCAGUAUGUUUCAAAGUUUGGGACCGUGGAGGAUGCUGAGAAAUUCCUGAAGGCAUGGAGAAAGGGAAGUCCUAGGUCCCAUUCCGCCUAUCUUCAUGUUUUGGAAUCUUUCAUCGGAGAAGGUAGACUCUCUGAGGUCAAAGAUCUAUUGUGCAAGUUUCCUUCGCAGAUAAAGAGACAUAAAAAGAUCAAUGAAUUUUUUAGCUUCAGUGGAGACUCGGAUGUUGCCAGUGCUACUUGAUGCCCAGAAAACUUUUCCUUCCUAGUGUCCAAAAUGCGUCAAAAGUCAGAGGUCUUGGAUUGGAUUCCUGCUUGUGGUCUUUCAGAAAUCUGUCAUUUGUAAGCAUCAGGGUGUGGAGGUACUUGCUGAUAAGUUAAUAAGAGUAUGUGCUCUACAUUCAUUCAUAACUAAUUGAAUAGGAUGGAUACAUUACAAAAACCAUGUUCUUAUGCCGACAUCUACCAUCAUCUUAUGUUAAGUAAUUGUUGGAUUCGGUUUCA